GUACCAUAUGAACAGAGUCCAUGUAAGGAAACUAUACUGAAUACGAAUGCCAGCUUUUAAAAGUGGGGAAACUACAGUAUAAGAGUUACAGAAUAAACGAUGAGACAAAACUGGAAAAGACAACAAAAGCUUUGGAAUGUUCCACAACUUCCUUGCAUUCGAGUUCCUCCCUCCAUCUCUGACACUUCCUUACUAAAGAACCUCAACCGAGGGCAACAGCGCUACUUUUAUAGCAUUAUGAGGAUUUACAACACCAGGCCCCAGUGGGAGGCCCUGCAGACCCGGUACAUUCACAGCCUUCAGCACCAACAGCUGCUUGGCUAUAUUACUCAACGGGAAGCCUUGUCUUACGCUCUUGUACUUACAGGUUCAACCAAGAGAGCUUCAGCCAAGGUAGUUCCUCAAAGAACCAUUCCCCAGAAAUCUUCAGCCAUGAUGAGAAAAUGUCCAUCAGUUCUACCUGUAUCUGUGGUUUUACCAAGGGCCCAAAGUAAAAGGUGCCGAACACUCAGGAACUGAGAUUUGGCAGCAUUUUCAGAAACAGGAAGUUUGUCCAUGUUCCUGUUUCCCUGUAUCUACUGGGUGCUUAGUACCUACUUGUUGAAUGACAAAUAUGAAUAAUUUCUAAUAUAAAUCCAGACCUAAAAAUAAUCUCUGAUUCACAUAAAUUUCGCCAGCAA